AUGAGGAGGAUCCAGAUCGGUGCAGCAAAACCCACCGUCCGCUUGGGGAGCAGCAGCACCGGCCGAGACCUGCGCGCCAAAGUCACCUCCAGCGGAGGUGUCUUGGUGGGCGUCGUCCUUCGUUAUGGCAUCCAUAUUCCCAGCGAUAUCAACAACGUCACCCUAAGCUGCCCGGUGCAGACGAGUCCGGCCACUUUGCUAGUCAACUUUAGUGGGAAGUUCUACGAAUACACCCUGAAAGGGGAAAUCAGUUCCCACGAGCCUAAUAAUGUCCAGGAUAAUGAGAUGCUCAGAAAGGUCACGUUUGAUCCAGAAGUGUUCUUUAAUAUUCUCCUCCCUCCAAUUAUAUUUCACGCAGGAUACAGCUUGAAAAGGCGGCACUUCUUCCGAAAUUUGGGAUCUAUCUUAGCGUAUGCAUUUCUCGGAACGGCCAUCUCCUGCUUUGUGAUAGGAUCCAUCAUGUACGGUUGUGUCGCACUGAUGAAAGUGAUGGGGCAGCUUGCAGGGGACUUCUAUUUUACCGACUGCCUGUUGUUUGGGGCCAUCGCCUCCGCUACCGACCCAGUGACGGUGCUGGCGAUCUUCCACGAACUUCAAGUUGACGUGGAGCUCUACGCCCUCCUGUUUGGCGAAAGCGUCCUCAAUGAUGCGGUGGCCAUUGUGCUGUCUUCCUCCAUUGUGGCCUACCAGCCGGCAGGAGACAACAGCCAUACGUUCGACGUGACCGCCAUGUUUAAAUCCAUUGGGGUUUUCCUGGGGAUCUUUAGUGGCUCCUUCGCUAUGGGGGCUGCCACGGGAGUCGUCACGGCGUUGGUCACAAAAUUUACUAAGCUCCGUGAAUUCCAGCUGCUGGAGACCGGCUUGUUCUUCCUCAUGUCUUGGAGUACAUUUCUGCUGGCCGAAGCUUGCGGUUUUACAGGUGUCGUUGCAGUAUUAUUUUGUGGGAUAACCCAGGCACAUUAUACUUACAACAACUUAUCCACAGAAUCUCAGCACAGAACAAAACAGUUGUUUGAGCUUCUCAACUUCCUGGCUGAAAACUUCAUCUUCUCCUAUAUGGGCCUCACGCUGUUCACUUUCCAGAACCAUGUCUUUAAUCCAACCUUCGUGGUGGGUGCUUUUUUGGCGGUAUUCCUGGGAAGAGCAGCAAACAUUUAUCCUCUUUCAUUCUUGCUCAAUUUGGGAAGAAGAAACAAGAUUGGAACAAAUUUUCAGCAUAUGAUGAUGUUUGCAGGUCUACGUGGGGCCAUGGCGUUUGCCUUAGCCAUUCGGGAUACGGCCACCUACGCACGCCAGAUGAUGUUCAGCACGACACUGCUGAUUGUGUUCUUCACGGUCUGGGUGUUCGGCGGAGGCACCACCCCCAUGCUGUCAUGCCUCCACAUUAGGGUUGGCGUGGAUGCCGAUCAAGAAAACGUGGGCGUGCCAGAGAACGAAAGAAGAAGCACCAAAGCGGAGAGCGCCUGGCUGUUCCGCCUGUGGUACAACUUUGACCAUAACUACUUGAAGCCGCUCUUGACCCACAGUGGCCCUCCUCUCACAACCACGCUCCCAAGCUGCUGUGGACCCAUUGCCAGGUGCUUAACUAGCCCACAAGCUUACGAGAACCAAGAGCAGCUGAAGGAUGAUGACUCCGAUCUUAUCCUGAAUGACGGCGACAUCAGUCUGACCUAUGGGGAUUCCACCGUGAACACCGAUUCGUUGACGUCGGGGGCAUCUAGAAGGGUGGCAGGAAAUGGGUCUGAGGAUGCGCUGGACCAAGAAUUGGGCUUUGGGGAUCAUGAACUCGUCAUACGGGGCACGCGCCUCGUUCUCCCCAUGGAUGACUCAGAACCCCCCUCAAACGUAGUUGACAACGCCAGACACGGCCCGGCGUAAGAUGGUUAGCUUCAUCUGACGGACAGUCCAGAACAAAUCCAUACGUGAUCAUGAAGAAAAAAACGUACUACCUACCACAAACGAAACAAAAACACAAAACAAAAAUCUACUGCAUGUGUCAGAAUGUCUAAGCUGUAUAAAUAUUAUUUAUUUAUAUGGUGUCAGGAGACUUAUGUAACUAUACAACUUGUGAAGAGCUGUUAAUUUCACCAGUUGCAAAGCAUGCCGACUCAUGAGCUGCACUGGGUAACAGUGGAACGGCUUUAGAACCAAAUUCUGCAAUGUUAGGGUAGGAGAAGAGAGAGAUGAAAAUCUCUUGGCAGAAGCUCUCUCGAGUCGGUAAAAUUACCAGGUUUUCACAACGCACCACUUUUGGAGAGGCGGAAGAGGGCAAUAACGGGAGGCUGGUUGGCUUAGCCGUGCUUGUUUCACGUGCUAAGAGCACCAUUUUAGUUAUCUAGAAGAGUAGCUUUAGUGUUUAGAGGAUUGACUGCUUAACCCAUCUUGACAUUUUCUUUUGAAAUGCAGCUGUAAAGAUCUAAAGAAGCAUAGGCUGGCGACGUCUGCCGAUAGGCUCCUAAACCUACCAUCUUCAUGGAGGGCCGGCCAGUGAGAAAAUGUCGUGCGGAUGCUGUACUUAAUGUAGAAAAGAUCACUUGGCAGAUUGUUCUGGGCAUGUCAACGGGAAGAAUUCACCACCCUCUUCCUCUUCGUUGGCAGGAGAUGGCCCCUGUAAAGCCAGGGGUGACACUGAAGAGCGUUUUCUUGAAUUUAUACGUCACUUUGAAGACAGGAGUUUUCAUGUUGUUGUUUUUAAACUUCCUUGUCGCCUUAUCCCAUAGGAUCAGAGGCGAGUUCUCAGUUGUUACGGAGAAGUCAAUGCUGGUAGAGUUUGUUUUCUCACAUAGAGGAUUAAAGCAGUGGUUCUAGCGCAGGUAAGGCGUGUACGUUCACAUCGCUGGGUCCCUUCUUAGCUUUUAGCUGAGCGGCUGUGUCCGUCUGAUACUCGGGAGACCCUCUCUGUCCUGCGGGAAGACCCGUUGUAGUCAAAAGCCCGGGACGGUUCCACGGUCUGUCUUCUUGAGUCCAGCUGUGCUAAAAGCACAUGCCAAGAUUUCCUGCAGGUUUCUUUUCUUAAAGAGCCGUUUGGGAAUUUGUAAUGGUACCACAAAGGAGUGGUCUGUCCGUCCAUCUGUAGGGUUGCCCUUUUAUUUGGUAACUCCUUGGCAUGCUUAUGUGUCUAUCAAGGAAAAAAACCCACCCUGUUGGGUUUUUUUUAAAAAAAGUUCUUGCUUCUGUUUACUGCUAAACGAGAAACCUUUUUUUCGUGAGCUGGCGUCGUUUCUUGACAAUGUUUUCGUUGUUGUCGUCGUCGAUGAUGUUUCGGCCCGAGGAAGAGUACUGAACAACUGCUGAUUUUCAGCUUUAUUCUGCAACGAUUCUUUUAUUUUUAAAGAAUGCCACGGUUGUUUUAAAGAUGCUGAUAAUUCUGAAUGUCGUGUUUUUGCUCCCGCGCAAACUGUUAACGUAUGGAAAAUGUCCGUCUGCAAACUCUUUAUUUUUCCCUUUAAGAUGUAAACCCUGACGCCUUGUUUGAUAGUCGGAGGUACUGUAGGGCCUUUACCAACCCGUAAUACUCUGUGAACACAGAAGCGUGAGCGCCGUUGAGAACACAGGACCCCGACCCCGGUCUGCUGGAGCGUUGUCUUUCUGGCAUUCUUUCGUUUAUGCAUCCAGUUCUUUGCUGCCUCCUUCCUUCCUUAGCAGAGAGAAGGUAACAUGCAAAAUGUGCGGUCCUAUAGACAUGCUUGAACUACUGUUAUUCCCUGCUCUUGCUAAGGCCCAGAGAGAGAGGUUGGGGGUCUUUAUGAAAUACAUCCCAGCCUUCUUGCCAUGUUCUUCUGUCCAGUUGAUUAAGGAGCACAGCGGAGGAGAGAGGGGACAUUUGUACCCAGUUCAGGUUUCUCUCCAGGGUGUAGCAGGCAGGCGGACAAGACCGCUGGCUUCAUAGCAUCCUGGCAUUGCCAGUGAACGGUUGGUAUUUCCAGCCAAAAGGCUGAAGGGAAGGUGGACGUCCUUAGAGGCAAAACUGUUUUAUGUUACAGCCGAGAAACUAAAUGACCCUUUUUUGUUCUGAAAACAAAACACACCAUAUUUUCCCCCUUAUGUUCUCAGGUUUGGAUUACAUGCCUUAAGGACUACUUCAGUGCAAUUUUCUGAGUUUUCAGGAUCAUAGUUGGCUUCACUCCUAAGGGGAAGCAUUCUGGCCACCACUAGCCAAGAGUGCCUCUCUUUAAAACCCUGUUAAAAUAGAAGGGUGGUUGAUCUCUUAACUGCCCUGUCUGUUUUUUUCUUUCUUACCUUUUUUAUUUUUAUUUUUUGCUCAGUUUGUGCAAGAGUGGUUGAAUUUCUGCUAUGCCUGGAAAAUGCCCGUUUCUGUUGUUAUCACGGGAAUUUGUUGCUUCAUGCCAUAAUGUUUUUAUUUUUUCCCUCCUGCUAUGCAGGAAUUCCAUGAAGAAUGUGUGUGUGUGUGUGUUUUAUAUGAUGUUACUGUCUUAACAUUAGAUGUUAAAAUAAUAAUAAUAAUAGGACAUUGUUCAUGUGUUAAGAUUGUACAACGUGUGUGCAUUCAACUUUUCUUUUUAGUUUAAGGCUUUUCCGAACAAAGUUAUAAUGACCCCCCUUCUGCCUCUUCUUAACCCGAUGUAACCUUUUGUAACUGGGUUUACAAAAGAACUCUAUAUAAUAAUACGACAGAACGUUGUCCAACAAAACUCAGACAUUUCUGGGUGAUUUGCUUUCCCGCUGCCUUUAUAGCGAUACACUUUCCACUUUUCUUUUAUAAGUUUGCUGUUGGGCACGUCUGUUGACCGGCCACACUUGAAUUCCAGACUUGGAACAGCACAGAUGAUUCUGACUCUUUACAGAGUUAAUAUUCUGUUGUCUGGAUGGUGGUUUUGGUUCUGGAUUCUAAUGCAUGGAAAUAAUAGAAACUUUUAACAUGGGAACUAAAUAAAGACAUCCAUUGUUUGUCAGAAAUAGAUCAUCGUAUAUUUCUUAGAUGUUGUACGGGAGUCUUUUCAUGCUUUAUUCUGCUGCGGGAUUGUUUUUUUUUGUCCCACAAUUCUUAUUGACCUCAAAACCAGUUGUGGGAACUUUUGUUACCUCCAAAGUCCAGGCAUGAGCCCUUAUAAUAGGCAGUGUCUGUCCAGGAUGAUAAACUUGAUAAAGGUUUAAGAUAAGUCCUUCCCUUGAAAUAAGUCCGGUCUGUGUGUGGAGCGGACCCUUUGCUUCACCAUCAAACGGCACUGUAAGUCAAGUUCUAGUUUACUAACUGUUGGAAUUGUCUGUUUUUAUGGUAUUAACUGCUAUAGUUGUGGUGGUCUUGUAAUUAUAUAGUUUGGCAUAAUUGCACCUUUUCCCCCCCGGUUUGUUUCUGAUGACUAAAUCUUUUAUUGUUACUUGCACUGUGAAAAAAAAUCAUGGGCCUAUAAAACAAGUUUCUUUGAGUUUU